UUAGUACUAAUCUUGUGUCAACGAGUCAACAGCCGCUAGAGCUAGACUAGUAUGUAGUCUAGUGAGAGGGCGUAAGGUUCACUCUAUCUACUUAUGAUCUACUCUCAACGCUCUCUAUGCCUCUAUAUAGCACUCUGUAGUAACCCGAAGAUGCCCGAAGCAUUAGUGAUUGUUACCAUGUUGUAAAUAUGGAGGGCUAGAGAAGGUUGUGAAGACCAUAAAUAUUUGACGUAUGUACAUACGUCUUCUAACCUUUGAAUAUUGGAAAAUAAUUUUAUUCUCUCACUACUCAUGUUAAUUUGUCUAGUAAAUUAAUAGAAGGUUAAAAUAUACUGAUUAAGUGCACGUAUCAUGAACAUAAAGAUCUUCAACUGCCUGAGGAAUAUUCAUAUUCAUCAUGAACAAUUCUAAAAAAAUAAACGUUAAUUAUUCAUCACUGGUCGGGUUAAAAGCUGAACUAUUGCGAAAACAAACUGAAGUUAAAGAUGCAAAAGUAAAUGCAGACCCUAUCCUGAUACAACCAAAGCAUAAAGCAAAGAAUCCAAAACCCAGAACUAUUAAGUUGGAAAUUAAAAAAGAACCUACCGAUACCGAUGACAUCAAGGCUCAUAAAAAGUCUAAACUGAUGCUAGAAGCUAAAACUAGGCUAUAUGAGACUUUAAAAAAAACACAUAGCAAUAAAAAUGAACACUUUCUGGUUGACUUUGAGAAUAAAUCUGAAUCAGAAGAAGAAUUCAUACACUCUGAUGACUAUGAAGAGACAAACUCUGAUCCAGAAGAAGAUUGGGUGGAGUAUCAGGAUUGUUUUGGACGUACUAGAAAGUGUCUGCGACGAGAUUUGUCAAGGAUGCAAGAAAAAGAUGAUUUCGUUAAAGAGGAAGUAAUGAAAAGAUCAGAGGCCACUGUAGAUGUGGAGGAUACCAGGCCAGCAGAAACUGUCAAAGCUAUUCCUAAAGAACCAGAGAUCGAAAUGAUGAGAAGAAAAUGGGAGGAACAGACAGCAAAGUUGACUGAAAAGGUGAAUAUUCAUUACCAAGAUGUCCUUUUUGACGAAGCAAGAGCCCAUGGUGUUGGAUAUUAUGAAUUUUCGCAAGAUGAAGAAGUGAGAGCUAAACAGCAACUGAACUUAGAUGCAUUAAGGAAGGAAACACUCCAGAAACAGAAGGAAAUGCAGAGACUUAAAGAGUUGAAAGAUAAGAUGGAGCAGAACAGGUUGAAAGCAGCUAGAAUACGACAGAGAAUUAGAGCUGGAUUACCUCCAGAGCUAGCUGAAGAAGAAAAAAUUGAAAGUGACAGCUGUGACCGGAAUAAUGAAACUGCUACUGAACCUAAAGAAACUCACGAGGCAGAAAAACAAGAUACAUCUGAGAAAGAAAUGAUCGAAUAUAAAGAGAAGAAUUCGCUUGUUGAGGUGGAAAAUAAGAUUAAAGCUUUCGGUGAAUUACUAGGGAAAAGACCAGGAUGGCGUGAGAUGUCACAAGAGGAAUGGAUUAACAAGCGUCGAAAAGACAGAAUUGAUGAAUUCGGGCCUUUGUACAGAAAUUUUAGAAAAGCAGGUCAGUUAGAACCAAAGGACGAGGAAAGCCCCACAACUGUGUCUCAAGAUGAUACAUCAAUUUUUCAUCCAAACAAUACCUCUGAUGGUAACACUACAACAUGUGGUGAUACAUCAGGAGAUCUGGCAGUGAAGAAACCAUAUACAGCAGAAUUGAUUGAUGUAGAUUCAUCGAAUAGUAAUGAUUCUGACUUGAUCGGGCCAAUACCUCCAUGCCCUGAACCACCCAUACAACAACCCCAAGUGCAAAAGUCUUUCCCGACACUAUCAGAUGAUGUGAGAACAUUGUUAUCUAAUAUUGAUUUUUCCAAGCCCCCUCCCCAUUUGGACAUUGCAAACACUUCGCAGAUUUUGUUACCUGGCUCAGAUCAAAUGGCGCCGACUCCAGUUCCACCCCCAAACCUUACAUAUUUACCCACGGAAUACCACCUUCAAAAUUCCAUGCCACCUAGUGUUCCAGAACUUGAAGUAACUUUGGGUACACAGCCAAAUUACGUACAUAAUUCGUCACUUAAUCCAGGUGAUAGGGAUUCGGUAUCCAACUUGGAUGAAGAUAAAAUAACUGCAGGACUCAAAUAUUUAAGGGCUAAUUUCGAGAAGCAAAAGUAUAGCUGAUUGAGAGAUAUCAAUAAGUUAUUUAAUAAUAGAAUCUUUCUGUUCAUGUACAUAGCAUAUUUCAGAUUUUCCCAUUCAUCUUCUUUCCUUUGUUGUGAGAGUUGUUUCAAAUCUUUGACUUCUUAUAUUAUUAUUUAAUUUUUAAGGAUAUUUUUUCUAUUUUGCCUCAGUUUUGAUUGUUUAGAAGGAUAAUGUACUUAGGCAUUAAAUACAUGAUUUAUUACUGAUCAAUCAAA